AUAAAUCGUCUGAAGUGGAACAAAAGUGCUUGAUACUAUGGUUGUUGAUUUAUGAGGAGCGGAAUUAUCUAUCAGCAUCGUACCUAAGGUUGAAAAAUAUUUCCAGUUACAAGAAUGGAUAUAGAUUUUUUGUUUUAAUGAGAAACAACACAUUUUUCUACUACUAAUGGUUGAUUGAAAAAUAUAAGAAAAAGAGAAGGACCUGCAAAAAUGUAUCUGUACAAUUUGACUCUUCAACGUGCCACGGGUAUCACUCAUGCAGUGCAUGGCAAUUUCUCGGGUAGUAAAAUGCAAGAGAUUUUGGUUUCACGUGGCAAGUCGUUGGAGUUGUUAAGACCUGAUCCAAACACAGGGAAGGUUCAUACUCUGUUAACUGUAGAAGUGUUUGGAAUUGUAAGAUCUUUAAUGUCUUUCCGGUUGACUGGCGGUACAAAAGACUAUAUCGUUGCUGGAUCUGACUCUGGACGCAUUGUAAUUCUGGAAUAUAUUUCUGCCAAAAAUGUGUUCGAGAAGGUACAUCAAGAGACGUUUGGCAAGAGUGGAUGUAGACGCAUCGUACCUGGACAAUAUUUAGCCAUAGAUCCAAAAGGAAGAGCUGUAAUGAUAGGUGCAAUUGAGAAGCAGAAGCUUGUUUACAUUUUAAAUAGAGAUCCAGAAGCUCGUCUCACAAUUUCAUCACCUUUGGAAGCACACAAGAGCAAUACGUUGGUUUAUCAUACUGUGGGGGUAGACGUGGGUUUUGAAAAUCCUAUGUUUGCCUGUUUAGAAAUUGAUUAUGAAGAAGCUGACAGCGACCCUACAGGAGAUGCAGCAAUAAAGACACAACAAACGUUAACUUUGUACGAACUUGAUUUGGGUUUGAAUCAUGUUGUACGCAAGUAUAGCGAACCUCUAGAAGAGCACGCAAAUUUUCUUGUUUCCGUUCCGGGCGGGAACGAUGGACCAAGUGGGGUUCUUAUUUGCUCCGAGAACUAUUUGACAUACAAAAAUUUAGGAGACCAGCAUGACAUUCGUUGCCCUAUUCCGCGAAGACGUAAUGACUUGGACGAUCCCGAGAGAGGCAUGAUAUUCGUGUGUUCUGCUACUCAUAAGACUAAGAGCAUGUUCUUUUUCUUGGCUCAGACGGAACAAGGAGAUAUUUUUAAGAUUACACUCGAGACAGACGAAGACAUGGUGACUGAAAUUAAAUUGAAAUACUUCGAUACUGUACCUGUUGCGGCAAGCAUGUGCGUUUUGAAAACUGGUUUCUUAUUUGUAGCUUCCGAAUUUGGCAACCAUUACCUUUACCAAAUUGCACAUUUAGGAGAUGAUGACGACGAACCGGAAUUUAGCUCUGCCAUGCCAUUGGAAGAGGGUGACACGUUCUUUUUUGCACCGAGGCCGCUUAGGAAUUUAGUAUUGGUCGAUGAAAUGGACAGUUUAUCGCCGAUAAUGGCGUGUCAGGUAGCUGAUUUAGCAAAUGAGGAUACUCCAGAAUUAUAUAUAACAUGUGGUAGAGGGCCUCGGUCUACAUUGCGAGUAUUACGGCAUGGUUUGGAAGUAUCUGAAAUGGCCGUCAGCGAACUGCCUGGUAAUCCAAACGCUGUGUGGACUGUUAAAAGAAGAGUCGAUGGUUAGUUUAUAACAUAGUUUGGCAGUAGUUGUUUGCAUGUCCUUUUCUCUUUUUCUUCUUUUCCCUCCUUCAUUAUACGCUUAAGUGGUAGGACAGAUAAGUAUUACCAGCUUCGUUUUAUCUUCUACAUCAACAAAGCACACUUCUUUUUUUUUAAUCGUGAUUACAAUAUCUACACAUUAUUUAAUUUACCAUCUAAUACAGUAUAUAAAACAGUUCCUUGUAAUCGCUGUUAUUUAAAUUCAGUUACAUUAAGCUGGAAUAUUAUUUAAGUAAGAGAGGAAUAUCUUUGCAUAAAAAAAAAUUAAUUUUUUAGACGUUUCUAGUAAUUACAAAAAUGAAUGAGGUUAAAAAAUUGUGGAGGUAUUUAGAAUAAGAGUUUGUUUCGUAAUUGUCUUCAUUCAAGAAUUCUAAAAGACAAUAAGAAAUCGAUAAUUAUUAAAUUAACUCUCCCAAAGAGGAGGGAUUGUUUUGUCACAUACUCUGUCUGAUUAUUCUUUUAACUCUACAAUUUUUCAAUGCAAAAACAAAAUGCAAAAGAGAAUAAGAAAGUUGAUUUUGUAAAUGAUACUAAUGAAUCUGGUGGCUUGAUACACUCUUAUCAAACACCAGUUCUCUCUUUCAGGCUACUGGCAUGCUAUUGGUUGAACUACAGAACACAGAAAGUGACAGAAAGAGUGAGCUUUGUAAUUUUGCUUACAGAGGAGUAUGAUGCUUACAUCAUAGUGUCCUUCGUCAAUGCUACUCUUGUACUUAGUAUCGGAGAAACAGUAGAGGAAGUGACUGAUUCUGGAUUUCUUGGUACUACACCAACACUGAGUUGCUCCGCAUUGGGAGAAGAUGCCCUAGUCCAAGUAUAUCCUGAUGGGAUACGUCACAUUCGAGCAGACAAACGUGUGAACGAAUGGAAAGCUCCUGGUAAAAAGACCAUAGUGAAGUGCGCAGUGAAUCAACGACAGGUUGUGAUUGCACUCACUGGAGGAGAGUUGGUAUACUUCGAGAUGGAUACCACGGGCCAGUUGAACGAAUAUACUGAACGAAAGAAAAUGCCGUCGGAAGUGAUGUGCAUGGCUCUCGGCAACGUAGCAAUUGGCGAACAGAGAUCAUGGUUUUUGGCCGUCGGUCUUCAAGACAAUACAGUAAGGAUUAUUUCCCUGGAUCCUUCGGAUUGUUUGGCACCCAGGAGUAUGCAAGCUCUACCGGCAGCCGCAGAAAGUUUAUGCAUCGUCGAAAUGGGUGCCAAAGAUGCGAACAAUUCCGAGGAGCUGUCGCCUCAACAAUCCAGUCUUUACUUAAACAUAGGUUUGCAAAAUGGUGUUUUGCUAAGAACAGUGUUGGAUCCCAUUUCCGGUGAUCUCGCGGAUACACGGACGCGAUACCUUGGCUCCCGAGCCGUUAAAUUGUUCAGGAUAAAAAUGCAGGGUAAUCAGGCGGUGCUGGCAAUGAGCAGCAGAUCUUGGCUGAGUUACUACUAUCAAAAUCGUUUUCACUUAACGCCACUGUCCUACGAGAGUCUGGAAUUCGCCUCGGGCUUCAGUUCCGAACAGUGUCCGGAGGGAAUCGUGGCCAUCUCGACGAACACGCUUCGGAUUCUCGCUCUUGAGAAACUCGGCGCGGUGUUCAAUCAGAUUAGCUUCCCUCUGGAGUACACGCCGAGGAAAUUCGCGAUUCACUCGGACUCCGCCCACCUGAUAAUCAUCGAAACGGAGCACAACGCUUACACGGAGGAGACGAAGCAGCAGAGAAGGUUACAAAUGGCGGAGGAGAUGCAAGAAGCUGCAGGAGCCGAAGAGGCUGUGGUAGCGAGAGAACUGGCGGAGGCUUUCUUGUCUGAAGAGCCGAAUGAAGCUGUGUUUGGUGCGCCAAGAGCCGGACCAGGUUUAUGGGCGUCUUUAAUAAGGAUAAUAGCUCCUACAACAGGGCAAACUUUGAGCCUCGUGAAGUUUGCUAACCAGGGAGACCAGUUGUUUCUCAUUGUUGGUAUAGCGAAGGAAUUCCAGCUAAAUCCAAGAGUUAGCAGCGGAGGUUUCCUAUACACAUACAAAGUAAACGGUGACUGUACCAAUCUCGAAUUGGUCCAUAAAACCACUUUGGAUGAGGUACCUCUGGCCAUAUGUCCUUACCAAGGAAGGGUGUUGGUCGGUGUCGGUAGAAUGUUACGUCUGUACGACAUGGGGAAAAAGAAAUUGUUGAGAAAAUGCGAGAACAAACAUAUCCCCAACGCUGUUGUCUCUAUCAACGCGAUCGGGCAACGAAUUUACGUGAGCGACGUUCAAGAAUCCGUGUACGCUGUCAGGUAUAAACGUCAAGAGAAUCAGCUCAUCGUAUUCGCCGACGAUACGCACCCAAGGUGGAUAACGACAACGUGCGUGCUAGAUUAUGACACCGUUGCUACCGCUGACAAAUUUGGGAACAUUGCUGUUAUACGUUUAGCAAGUGGAAUUAACGACGAUGUGGACGAAGAUCCAACUGGGAACAAAGCUUUAUGGGACAGGGGUUUGUUGAACGGGGCCAGCCAAAAGGCGGACACAGUUGCUUGCUUUCACGUUGGCGAAACUGUUAUGUCCUUGCAAAAGGCGACUCUUAUUCCUGGCGGUUCCGAGAGUUUGGUGUACACGACACUAAGCGGGACUGUUGGCGUUCUCGUCCCGUUCACGAGUCACGAGGAUCACGAUUUUUUCCAACAUUUAGAGAUGCACAUGCGCUCGGAGCAUCCGCCACUCUGCGGGAGAGAUCAUUUGUCGUUCAGAUCGUACUACUAUCCGGUAAAGAACGUUAUAGACGGGGAUCUUUGCGAGCAAUUCAAUUCCAUCGAACCAGCGAAACAGAAAAGUAUAUCUGGUGAUCUCGAACGAACAUCUUCCGAAGUGUCAAAGAAACUCGAGGAUAUUCGUACGCGAUAUGCUUUUUAA